AUGGAAGGUGUAAUAGUCAAAUCAAUAUUCAACAUACAUCAACAGAAUAAAAAAAACAUUUAUAUUGGAUACCUUGUUGAUCAGCCUUUAUCUGUAAUUAUUUUAUUCAUGUGUAACGUAACUAAACGUUAUCUAAUACUAAAUGUAUUUCAAUGGAAUAAGUUUAUAUCUGAUGAUAGUUUUAAUAUAAUUGUUCGUUCUUUAUCCACUGUUCAACAUUCAAAACGAUUACAUUUGGAUAAUAAUUUUUAUUAUAAAAUAUGUCCAAAAUCUGAAUCAGUUAAUUUAUAUCAUAAUAAUAACAGAAUCACAUUAUCCAGUGAUAAUUUAAAUCGAUUGAAAUUAUUGGAACCAUGUAUAAAUGCAAAUAUCAUAGAGUUAACAAAUAAAUUAGUGAUGUAUCAAACUGUUUUCAAUAAUGCAUGUAUAAUUAUCAAGUAUGAUAUUUUAUAUUUAUCACCUGAUUGUAUUAGAAGUGAUUUUAUCAGUACAUAUAUUAAAGAUUAUAAUUUCAAAAUGGAUGAUCUGAAGGAUGAAGAGAUAUCAUUUUUACUUGAUCUACAGCAAAUACAUCAUGGAAAGUUUGCAGACAUUGUAUUAAAGCCUGACAUAAUCAAUCAAUAA